AAACGUGCUAAUUACUGAAAACAGCAGUUGUUUGACUCCAAUUUUUCCUAUCAAUGAGUGAUAGUGUUUACUUCAGCGAAAGAACAAAAACCUAUGAUAUUCCUAUAUCACAUUUGGACUUUAAAUACCUGGAUUCUUGCAAUGACUCUGAUGAGUUAGAGAAAAUAUUGAAAACUUUGAGGUAUUGACCAGUGUUACAUAUGUCAUAAUUUAAGAUCUGGCGAAGUCGGGCGUUAUACAGAACUUGAAUCAUUUUGCGAAGAAAAGGUCAAAAAGUUAAAUCCAAACAGGUCGGUGAGGUCGAUGCAUGGAAAUUUGUAGGGCAUAUUGCUUAACUUACUUCACGAAAGUUACAUGCUACCCGACUACGCAAUAUUCUUUCUUAUUUUCCGAAACGUUCAUCUCUCGGAAACUUAUAAUUAACAUAGCAUUUCAAUUCUACGUGACACAAAACUGCUAAGUGUGUGUUGCUGGCUUUUAAAGUCCAUUUCAUUACUGUCAUUAUGUCAUCUCAGAGUAUCAGUUAUUUGCCACCACUGUAUACAAACAGUUCAAAAGUAUUAUCUAUGUUAUUUGAUAGUUUGACCAAAUGACGUAUGAGCAAGGGUAGUUAAUCCAGUGACGUAAAUGCAGUUUGGUCCCAAUGUAUUCGGAAAUUUACGUGGUGACCAAAAUCUCAAUAUCAGGUCUACUUACUAGUUGCCCACAUUAUAGAAAGUAUCAGUAUAUACUUAAAGCACGGUACCAAAAACUAUCGUUUGGCUAAUUUUCACCGAUUAAGGUUACCUUCAUAUUUCAGGAUCACAACCUGGAACGUAAACAUGUCCCUCAAACUUUUGGAAUAGUCAAUCUUUCAAGCAUACACAAUAACCGUCACUGUAUCUAAAAAAUAUACAGGAUGGAUCAAGGUGAAAAAUAGUGUAGACCUUAUCAUGGUAUAUAAACUAUUGAUAAUAGCAUGGCAUAUGAAAAUUAAUUGAAUGUUAAUUCUUUAUCAACCUUUUUAUUUAUAAUCUUGAUCUGUAAGAUUAGUAUAUGUUCUUGAAAAUGGAUACCGUUUUAUUGUAUGUUAUCAAAAGCACUGUAUUAUGGAAACCAUCUCCAAAACAUAAUGUUCAUAUUCUUGCUCUGCAGUAACCAAUCAAACUACAAAAGCUACCAAGUUCAUAUUUCAAAAAUCAAAAUCUAUUUCAAAAUUAAAUCUCUUAAUCUUGUUUUCGCGAGACCAUCACAGAAGCGACUACACCUGGAACCAUACAACAGGAAACACACUUUAGUAACUAGGUUCCUGAGGUCUUUGGAUUUGUUUGAAUGCACUGGAACAUUUUCAGACUCUACGUCCGAUUAAUUUUCUGAUCUAUGUUUGCUUUGUUAUUUAUAUUAGCAUUUUUGUCCUAUAUUUUGAAAAGUUCUACUCGGAUAAAGAGUCGAAUAGAGCGUUUUAAUCACUUGGUAUCAUUAAGUUGCAAACGACUCAUAUUUGUGCAACAAAACCUACGUAACUGUUUUGGCAAAAUAUUAGUGACUUUUUAUUCUUGAAUUGCAGCAUACACAAACGACAAAAAUCGGUAUUAAGUUAGAGCGAGAAGCGAUUUAGUAGUUGGACCAAGAGUACUCAAGCACUUUCGGUUUUGAAUACUAAUAUUAUUAUUAUUCGCAAAUAGACAAUAAAUGUCUGCCUAUUAAUUUACUCAUGUAAACAUACAAUGAAUAUAGAUAUGUCUGUAUCAUAAGUUGGUGUUUUGAAUAUGUCUGUUUUCAGUGUAGGAAUGUGAUUACCACUAAGCAACUACACGAAGAAUGUUAAUCAGAAAAUUUUACUAGCAUUGAAUAAUAAAUAUUAAGGAAUAAUUUCUCAAUGAAAAACCGACAUGCGGAAUGAUAAAGAGUAUUUUAUAUUCUAGUAUUUCUACUAGUGGCUAGAUUACUUCAUUAACCUCUGUUUAUAGAACUUUUCUUGCUAAAAAUGCCUUCAGUUCCUUAAGCAGUAGCUUACAAUAUUUUUGAUAAAUUUCACAGAAGAAUCAAUUUCUAUUUGAAGUAAGUAUUAAAAGACCAGAUUUUAUGCUUAACUUGAUAACAAAAGUAAUUUGCAAGAAAAUCUUGGAAGUCUUAGUUACGAUACAUGAAGAUCCAAGACCUUAGAAUCAACGUUUUAUUAUUAUUUCCUACUUUCUACCAAAAAUUUGACAGAACUAUCAAAUUUAAAUCAUACGAUUGUUUAUUGCAACUAGAAAUACAAAAUUUAUUUUAUUAUAAAUACAAAUAUGCAGUUAAAUUUAGAUUUAAAUACUAAAAUAAAUACUUUCCGACUGUCAAAGCUGCAAAAACAACCUGUUUGGUGGAUUUUAAAAUAUAACUAGUUCUCCAUUAUUAAUGAUUAUCGGGUCAUUUGAAUACUACUGGAACUUAUACUAUUGAAAUAUUUUAGAAGAGAUAGAUGAUUAGGAUCUCAAACUGAUUAUUAGUAAAUUUAUGAGUCAUGAUUAUAUUAUCUUUUAUUUAUAGCCGGGUUCUACGGAAAGCGAUAGAACCAAUAAAACUUACACAAUUGGAUAAAGAAGAAAGACAUCAAAUUGAAGAAGAUUUUCAGAGUUGGCUUCAUGAAGUAAAAACAUUCAAUGAAGAAAUUGACAAUGAUGAUAAGAAUUCAGAACUUGAUAAUUAUUUAUUGAAAAGAUCAAAAAAGAAAUUACUAUCAGGAAAACAAUUAGAAAUGAAUGAUGAAGAAUUAGAAGAGAAAUGUUUGAAAUAUGACAAUGAUGAUUUACCACCUAUUCGUAAAUCUAUUAUAUUUAAUGAUAAUAAACCAUUAGCAACACAAUUAAAUUCAAAAGGGGAUUAUACAUUUGGUAAAAGAAUUUUAAAGCCAAAAGACUAUAGUGAAUGGGAUAAAUUAGCAAAGGAAUGGGAUAAAGAAUUAACUGAAGAUAAUCAAACAAAUAGUGAAUUUGAAAAAGGUGAAAAAAUGAAUUUGUCAGAAAUUGAAACAUAUGGGCUAAGAAAACUUGAUUAUAAAGAAUUAAAAUUAAAAGUAGUUAAUAUGCCAAUUCAAACAAGAAAGAAAUUAGCUGAAAGAGAAAAAGAAAAAGGGAAUGAAUCCUUUAAAUCAGGUGACUAUACUGAUGCAAUGAACUAUUAUAAACGAAGUCUUAUUAUGCAUAAAACUAAUGCUGUUUACAAUAAUCGUGCUUUAAUAUAUUUACGACAGAAAAAUUGGAAACAAGCAGUAAAUGAUUGUACAAAAGUUUUAAAAACUGAACCAGAUAAUUUGAAAGCAUUAUUUAGACGAAGUCAAGCAAAUUUCGAAUUAGAUAAUUUAGAACAAGCUGAAAAAGACUUAAGUACACUUACUGAUCAAGAUCCAACAAAUUUUAAAGCUCAAAAUUUAUUACGUAAUGUGAGAAUUGCAAUAUCAAAACGUCAAGAACCUCAUUUGAAAGGAUCUAGACGUAUGAUCAUAACUGAUGUCGGUGAUUCUUCGGAUGAUGAUGAUGAUGAUGAGAGUGAUGAAAAUGUUGAAGAAAAUGAAUAUCAGCAGCAGGAACAAAAACAACAACACAUACAAGAACAAGAAAUUGUGACAGUGAAUACUAAUAAAAUGGAGCUUUCAAGAAAUCAUCUAAAUCGAAUUGAACAUCAUAAUAAUGAUAUUGAUUGUGAAAAACAUCAUUUCAAGAUUGAUAUUAACAAAAAUGAUAAUAUUCAAUUGACUGACAUGUCUACUAUUGAUAUUAAUAAACAAGAAUCUAGCUUAAAUGUUUGUUAUAGCUCCAAAGUUGAUACAAAUAAUAAUGAAGAUAUAAUAACUGCAUUUAGUAAUGGAGAUAUGUAUUGUCAAUCUGAAGUCAAUAAGCACUUAGAAAAUGAUGAAGUGUCGAUUAAUUCUAAAAGUACAUAUUCUAUCGUUGAUUAUGAAGAGUUAAAACAAAAAGGAAAUGAAUUCUUUAAAAAGGGAAAUAUGAAAUUGGCUUUAAUAUAUUUCAAUAAAUGCAUUGAACUUUGUUUAAAGUACAAUUUAAAUCAUGACAAACGUUUAGCUGUUAUUUAUCGUAAUCGUUCAUUGAUUUAUUUACAAUUAAAUGAAUAUGAACUAGCAUGUAAUGAUUGUACAUCAGCUUUAUCAAUUGAAUCUAAUUGUCCAAUUGCAUUGUAUCGUAGAGCAUUAGCAUUAAAGUUUCUAGGUGAUUAUUCAGGAUGUUUAAAUGAUUUACAGAAAGCAUAUAAUUUAAGUCCAAAUAAUAAUAGAAUUAUUGAAGAAAUGAAGAACAUACAGAAUACUUUGAUGCAGACGGAUAAAAUGAACACUGAUACACUAAUUAAUAAAUCUCAAACAGUCAUAACUACAAGUACAAUCAGUACUACAUCAGAUCUUGAAAUAGUUGAAUUACCAAAUGUUGACAGUGAAAAAGAAGAUAAUAUUCAUGAUGACAAUAUUCAUGAUGAUGACGAUGUUGACGACGACAACGACGACAACAACAACAAUGGUGAAAUAUUAGAAGAGGAAGCAGAAGAAGAGAAUGAUGAAAGUUAUGAUAAACUAUCAUCUAUACAAUGUAAUAAUAUUAAUCCAAUAUGUCAUAUUUCUACAGAUCUAAAUGAUUUCUCUAAAUUUCAACCAAAUAAUGCAAAUAUCAUGACUAAAUCAAUUGAUAAUGAAUGGGAAGAAGUAAAUCUUAUCAAUAAAGAAGAUACAAAGAUUGUUAAUACAAGUAGUAUAAAUUCGACUAUUGACAGUAGAUGGAAGUUAGAUAAACCAAUAACAACUUCACAUGAAUUUCAAAAUUGUUGGAUAAAUAUUCAACAUUUAAAACGAUCAAAUUAUAGAAACGCCAUUAAUGAAAUUAUAACAUUAUUAAAUAAUAUAUUACCUGAACAAUUACCAAAAUUAAUUGGAAUUCGAAUGGAAGCUGAGAUGUUAGAUGAUCUAUUGAAUGCAAUCAAUUUUUCAAUGAAUACUAAAAACAAUAAUAGUCAGUGGAUUUACGAUAUUUUAAUCCAAUUGAGUAAAACAGCACGAUUUGAUUGCGCCUUAUUCUUAAUAAGUGAUGGCACAAAAGAAGCUAUAAAAUGUAUAAUCGAUAGAUUACACCAUCAUUAUCAACAACAAUCUAGUGAAUUAAAACAAUGUCAUAUUGAACAACUUCAAUCUAUCUACUCAAUAUAAAAGAAAAUAAAACAAACAAACAAACAAACAAACAGUAGUAUAUCACUGGUAGAUGAACAUUUAUUCUUCUGUUCAAUUAUUCUGAACAUCUAUUACAUUUUAAUCAAUAUACAAGAAUACAAUUUAGAGAGACAAAAAUCAAUUUAUAUAUAUAUAUAUAUAUAUAUAUAUAUAUAUAUAUAUAUAUAUGCGUGUGUGUUCGUAUGUGUGACUGUGUAUGGUUGAAUGAUCGAAAAUCCCCCCCCCAAAAUAUAGGCAAUUUCUUUUCUAAUUUGUUUCAUGUUACAAUGUUGUUACACUGUAAAUAAUGGGUAUUGUUUAUCGUCUCUUUUUUUGUUAUAUCUUAAUCAUUUAUGAUACUACUAUUCUUAAUACAUCUAAACACAUACACAUGAUGAAAUCAAUGGUAAAUAUUGUUAUAAUGGUAGUAUAAACAAAAACAAAAAAUAAUAAUAAUAAUAAUGAUGAAAAUGGGAUAAGAUGAAAGGUAAAAACAAAUCAACAAAAUAAUUAUGAAAGACACUAACUAUUACACAUAUACAUUAUAUAACAAAUCUGUGUGUGUGUGUGUGUGGGCGUGCAAACAAAACAAACAGAUAAACAAAACAAGAUGAAUUUACAAAAACAAUUUAUACAUACACACACACACAUAAAUGUAAACGUGUAGAUGUAUUUAAUUUUGUGUUGAUAGAAUUACCUACUCGUGUAAUACAAUUGAGUGAUGUUUAAUCCUUUCUCUCUCUCUCUCUCUCUCUCUCUCUCUCUCUCUAU